AUGAAUCCAGGUGCCCGCGGCGGCGGUGUUUCUCGCGGCGGUGGCCGUGGCGGUUUCGGUGGUGAUCGUGGCGGUUUCGGCGGCGAUCGUGGUCGUGGUGGCCGUGGUGGUAGCCGUGGUGGUGGCCGUGGUGGUCCUCGCGGUGGUGGCCGUGGCGGUGGCCGCGGUGGCAUGGCCGGUGGACCCAAGGGUGCUGCUGCUGGAGCCAAGGUCAUCAUCGAGCCCCAUCGUCACGAGGGCAUCUUCAUUGCCCGCAGCAAGAAGGAGGAUCUGCUCGUUACCAAGAACCUGGUUCCUGGAGAAAGCACUUACGGAGAGAAGCGAAUCAGCGUUGAUAACCCCGAUGGCACCAAGACCGAAUACCGUGUCUGGAACCCCUUCCGCUCAAAAAUCGCUGCCGGUAUCCUUGGUGGUAUCGAUCACAUUCACAUUGCUCCGGGCAAGAAGGUCCUCUAUCUCGGCGCGUCCAGCGGUACCACUGUUAGCCACGUCGCCGAUAUCGUUGGUCCUACCGGCCUUGUCUAUGCCGUCGAGUUCUCGCAUCGAUCUGGACGUGAUCUGAUCAACGUCGCCAAGAAGCGCACCAACGUCAUCCCCAUCAUCGAGGACGCUCGCCAUCCCCACAAGUACCGCAUGCUGGUUGGCAUGGUCGACGUUGUCUUUGCCGAUGUUGCCCAGCCCGAUCAGGCCCGUAUCAUCACCAUGAACAGCCACAUGUUCCUGAAGAACGGUGGACACAUUGUCAUCUCCAUCAAGGCCAACUGCAUUGACUCUACCGUCGAUGCCGCCACUGUGUUCGCCCGGGAGGUCAAGAAGCUGCAAGAAGAGAAGGUCAAGCCUCAGGAACAGCUCACCCUGGAGCCCUACGAAAGAGAUCACGCCCUGGUGAUUGGCGAGUACCGAGCGCAGAAGAAGGCCAAGAAGUCCGAGUAA